GAACACUCGUAAACUCUGCACAAGCCCACGUCGAUGCCGCUGCCAAAGACAUAAGACAUGAAAAGAAAGAGAAAGGACGAUCAUGGUGACGAUAAGGAUGAUGAGGUAGAAGAAGAAGAAGAAGAGAUGAAAAUGGAAAAGUUUUACUCGCUGUUGCGGAGCUUCCGAGACGCACGCGAUCGACGACGAAAGGAACUGGAAGAGUUGGAGAAGAUUAGUGAGAGGAAGAUGAAGACAGAGCAACCCACCACUUGGGUACCAUGUUUUGAGUGGAGUGAUUUUACAAACGAGGUUGGGUUUAGAAGGCCACCUUUGCUUUUUCCAACUCCAUCUCCAUCUACAUCUCCAACAACACCUGCCACUGACAAACCUGAGAUGGACCAACACCAAAGCCAUUCUCUCGACCUCAACCUCGCUCUCUAGCUCGCGUUUUCAUCAUUAUAUAUUAUCUCUCUUUUUUCUUCUUUCUGAAAUUAAUUUUGAUUCUCUCUCUCUCUCUCUGUAUAUAUAUGUGACGAAUGUUACAAUAGAGUAACAUGCUUUAAAUCAAGUCCUCCUUGGCCUUGC